UCACGGCAACAACGUUAUGUAAAUAUAAAUAGUAAAUACAAAAAUUAAUAAUGUAAAAAAUCAAUUUAAAUUACUUUUUAAUUAAUAAAUUAAAUAAUUAAUUAGUACUUAUGUCAUGCAUUCAUUCUUCUCCUUACUUAUGUCAAGAAUACAGACUAGCUGAUCUUAGAUGUAGCAGUUAAAUACUGAGAAUACUCAAAUACUGCCAUGGAGUUUAGAUUUGAAUCAAUAACAUUUUCUUCAAAUUUUGACUCUGGCAACUUGGCUGCUGUAACCAGGGUUGAUAAAUCUUCCUCUCUGUCAUCUACUUCUGCAAAGAAACAAGACAAUGACUUUGCGGCACAGCAAAUUGGUUAUGAUUACGAAUUUAACUUAUGGACGAGCCCGGAUGCAGCUGGAACACCAUAUGUCAACCCUAAUAGGACUUGGUUCUACUUCUCUGUUUCAGGUGUCCCACAGUUUAAGAUUAUAAAAUUCAACAUAAUGAACCUGAACAAACAGGGCAAGUUAUAUAGUCAGGGUUAUACCCCUAUGUUUAAAGUCAAGUGCUUCAAUACUAAAGUUGAAAAGUGGGAGAGAGUUAAAGAUAAGAUAAGUUACGAGACCGUUGGUUCAGAGUUAAUCCUUACAUUCCAUCAUUUUUUCUCUGAAGUUGAGGCAAUUACAUACUUUGCAUUUUCAUACCCUUGGUCCUACACUGACUGCCAAGCAAAAUUAGAGGCCUUCGACAUAAAGCUUUUGCCAUUAGACUAUACUUUCAUCAUGAGGUCAAACAUGAUAUAUUACCAUAGAGAACUUCUAGUACAUUCUCUAGACGGACUGAGGGUCGAUCUAAUCACCAUCUCAGAUCAUUCAGGCAUUUCCAAUGUUGAGGAACCACGUUUUGAUAAAUGCCUAUUCCCAAAUAAAACUCAACCGAGAUGCAAAAUGUUUGCUAACAAAAAAGUAUUUUUUGUGAGCAGUCGUGUGCAUCCAGGUGAAACGCCAUCUAGCCACGUUUUCAAUGGUUUCCUUGAUUUUAUACUAAGGAAGAAUGAUCCAAGAGCUGAGGAACUUAGAAGAAGAUAUGUAUUCAAACUCAUUCCAAUGCUGAAUCCCGACGGCGUGAGUAGAGGCUUCUACAGAACGGACCAGCAUGGUGUGAAUUUGAACAGGGUUUAUCUCGAUCCAACCUUCUCCCUCUAUCCUUCUAUUUAUGCUAGCAAAAGUCUCCUAGCUUAUUACCAUAUAGGCUGCGAUGAUUUUGUAUGGAAAACUAUAAUAAAAGACUCGGGUAGUUGUAAUGUUGACUCAACCGUCUCUGAUGACGAAACGUUUGUUAAGUUGUUAUCCAAAGUAGAGCACAAAAAAGGUGAAAGUGACGUUUUCAAUGCAAGCGCUAAUGUAGCUGGCUCUAAAAAAGGACCUGACGAAAAUUCAGAUUGUUUCAGCGUUACAAAUACCGACGAUAAAUUACUGGAUUCCAAUCAGCGCCAAAUACACCACUUGGCUCUCUCUGAUAUGGUCUCAGUCCAAGAUUCAUGUCUCAUCGACUCACCUAGUAACAUCCACGAACGGUUUUUUACAAAUGCAGACAACGCUGCAGAUACUACGAGUAGUUAUUGUUCUAGCAGUAAAAUUACCAAUAACGAGUUCUCUGCAAAUAGUGUCAGUCAGAAAGUAUCAACAACUCCACACCUCAGCCAUCCAUUUUAUUUGACCAUCCUUCCAGAGAAAAGUGGACUAGCCUAUUAUAUUGAUUUACAUGCCCAUGCUUCCAAGAAGGGGUGCUUUUUCUAUGGGAAUCACUUUGGUGACAUCGAUAAACAGAUUCAAUGUAGGACUUACGCCAAACUGGUCUCCAUGAAUACUGGCCACCUAGAUUACGACGGCUGUAACUUUACAGAGCGUAAUAUGUACGCGCAAGACAAGCGUGAAAAUUUGAACAAGGAAGGCUCAGCAAGGGUCGCUAUAUUCAAACACCUCGGAAUCGUUAACAGUUACACACUGGAGUGCAAUUACAAUACUGGUAGACUAACAAACCUCAUUCCACAUGCUUCUGGUGACAGUGGCAGGGCCACACCACCUCCUUCUACCGGUAUCAUACCGCAGAAAUAUAAUAUCUCUCAUUUUGAAGAGGUUGGAAGAGCUCUGGCAAUUUCGGCUCUGGAUGCGGAAGAGGCCAACCCAUGGACGAGGUUAACGAGGUCCGAAUUCAUCUCGCUGUCUGGGGUUCGUGAUUGGGUGAAGAAACAGUUAUUUUUCGAAGGACUGCCCGUGUCCUGUGCUCCAUCUAACGGCAACGCCCACGAAAACAUCAACAUUCACCGUACCUCCCGAGUUCACAAGUUGUCGGACUCUAAAAUACCACAGACUAGUCAACUUACGAGUAAGAAUUCCAACAGCAGCAAGCAUUCCAACAAGACGUCAGUAAAAGUCACUCCACUCCUUUUUACGCCUCAUACCUUUGAGAUUCCUAACUCGUCAAUGCUCUCCACUAGUCCUAAGUCGAAAGCAGUGAAAAGUAGCUAUAAAAAAUUGCACACAGUUCCUGUGCUAAAAGCUGUCCAUCCCAAAAGUUAGAACAGUGAGAAACGGUGAAUCAAUGAAUGUAGAUAUGUUUGAAAUACUUGAAUAAUUUUUCAUAUUGUAAUGUGCAGUUACAUCGAUUGCCUGCCAUCUAGUACACACUUUGCUAAUCAUACUUGCAUGUCAGUCAUACAUUUUUUCACUACAUCCCUUUUCCAUACCAAUUUACUUUAGUAUUUAAAUCCGCUCUUGUUUGAUAUGUGUACGAGCGAAUUUUUGGCUAAAUUGAAAAUACUUAAAAAUAUGAAACUGUACCGAUAUUUAUUUAUUUCAUUUAUAUAUUCUUAUACGUAUUUUUUAUUAAAUAUAUAUUUUUAUUUUGCAUUGUACAAAUGUACAUGAACGGCGUAAUAAAAUGUUAA